CUUCCCCUGGCGAAUGCCAGCCUUGGAUCUGCCUGCGAGACUGACAUAUGCAGGGGACAUCCGCGCCACAAAUCACUGCUGCUAAUCAGAAAGUCGUUGACUAUAUCGAAAACACGUUCAGCAAUAUUCUUCGUGAGAUCGAGGCCCGGCCGUGUGGUAAACCAGUCAUCAUUUUGAAAAGAAUUGUCGCAGUAAGACCCUACUAUGACGAGGCUGACUUUAUGCGCUUGAAAUGGCACAUUGAAGAUCGUGAAGUACAAUACCGUUUCCCAGGAAGAACGGAAGAUGAAGCAUGGAGAUUCAGUGAGCGGCAGAAAGCGAGCAAUCAAGGAUGGAGUUACAGUGACCAAAAGGGAUAUCUACUACCGUGACCCUACCCUGUUCAAGCAGCAAGAGACUGUGGACCGAUACAUCGACGACAUUGCCCAUACCUGCCAGGUGGCAAGGAGUGAUCUAAAAGUGACCGGAAGUCCUAAAGGCCUCCUCGCUGGACUUUUCAACAACGACAGGAGAGACCAAACAGCAAUCAUUCCUGCUGUCGAUAUUGGUUUCACGUUUCCAGACCUCUCUCAUCAGCGAUGGGUCUUGGUGGUUGAGAAAGAGGCAACCUUCAACAGUCUUGUGGAAAGGCAAUACCAACGAAAUCAUACCAUUGGUCCUGGGCUGCUCGUCACGGCAAAAGGGUACCCAGACCUCGCGACUCGGCGUUUCCUGCGCGCCCUUCUCAAUCAUGUCGAACCAUCCGUAAAAGCGUUUGGCUUGAUGGACUGGGACCCGGACGGUAUACAAAUCCUGAAGUGCUAUCGAUAUGGCUCGAAGAAGAUGGCUCAAGAGCACGGCUGCAAUAUCCCGGAAAUGAAAUGGAUAGGCCUCAAGGCGGAGGACGUGACCAGAAUAGGCCAGGGUGACAAUGCGUCCAUGCCUUUGUCUAUGCGAGACCGGGCAAUCGCACUUUCGAUGCUGACCAGCGAAGAGUGGCGAGACGGGUCGGGUGCUCUGCUGCCAGGUCUUGAAGAAUGUACGACCGAGCUCCAACAAAUGCUUAUACUGAACCGAAAGGCUGAGACUCAGAUUCUUGAUGAGAGCGGAGAUAGUCUCGAGGAGUGGUUGACGGUCCAUCUUGCAGAUGAGCUGCAGGAGGAUAGGAUGAUGUGGUGAUGAGAUAUGUUGAUGAUUGCACGCGCC